AUGCGCCGCAUCCUUGACGAAGACGCCCCUGCUGUUCGUGAUUCCUCCGGUUGGGCUGCCGGGUCGAACCUCAUGUUCAAGGAAGCAACACUCGGGCACGCGGGUCGUAUAGAGAAGUCCCUCGCCGCAUUGGGCUUGAACUGCAAUAUUGCACUGAAGUCGGUUAAACGCUGUAAUGUCUAUGACAAGAGAGACUCCCCCGAAUUGAAAAAGCGCAAAGGUGAUCUUCUCGAUGAGAUGUAUCCGUCGAUUCUCUUUGAUCUCAUCACCGCGCCUGAGAAGUCUGCUUCAUCAUUCAACCGACGGGCUGCGUCCCGCCACCGCCUUACAAUGCCCCGGCUGUAUACGGAAAAGGAUACUAAGACGCCUGCUAUGCCGGCUCGGGCUCGUCCGCCUCUUAAUCAGCCAGCUGCCAGAAUGGCUGGUCCGGCUUCUGGCUGGCAAGCUGCUCCUCAUAGAGCCAGCAGGCCUGCUCAGCAUGCUCAGCCUCCUCCUCAGUUUGCCGCGCCUUGUGCCCCCGCGUGGGUCCCUCGACCUCCUGGCCAGCAAGCUUCUCCGUACGGUGCCGGUCCGCCUGCUCCACCUCGCGUCAGUUCCCACAACACUGGGACACCCGCUCAACUGCCCGAGCAACGAAAUGUUCCCCAGAGUACUGGACGGGUAAAUGGCCCCUUUCCACAAUCUGGUCAACAGCAAAUUGUUUUCGAAAACGUUCACUUCGUCAACCUCGCUGGCCCAGGGAACAAGGUUUACACGGCUGGAAAGCCGCACGAGAAUAGGAUCUCCCGAUACGAGAGACAGAGAGGACCAAUAUAG